AGAAAUCAGAUUUCUUAAAGAGGCCUGCAUUUUUUAAACUUGGCAGAGUCUUUGAGGAGAGUGACAGGAAAUGCACUGGACUACCUGACUGAUGCUCCAGGGGACAGAACUGUGUUGGCUAAAUAGCAGAGCUGGCUAGAUUUAAGAUUGUGGGGUCAGCUUUUAUGAAGGCUGAUGUGGAAGAUACAGUGGAAUUCUCUGCUGCUACUGUUGCCUGACUCUGGAGGGCAGAGGUUGUUUAGGGAUCUGUUCCUUCGGCCUUUUGGGACCUUUGAUAUAGAAGAGUGGGUUGAUGUGCCUGGUGGCCUUGGUGCUUUGCUGAUCACCACUGACCCUCUUCACCCAACCAGCAGGAUUUCUCUUCUAAGGCAGCCUCGUGCUUGAAGCAAUACAAGGGGGCAAAGAAGCAGUAGACCAGCUCAUCUCACCAUGGUGCUCCCACCGCCUGACAAGCGCCAUGUGUGUCUGACCACCAUUGUCAUCAUGACCAGCAUGGCCUUCAUGGACGCCUACCUGGUGGAGCAGAAUCAAGGCCCUCGGAAGAUUGGUGUCUGCAUCAUUGUUCUGGUGGGAGACAUCUGCUUCCUUAUCGUGCUACGUUAUGUGGCGGUAUGGGUGGGCGCUGAGGUGAAGACAGCUAAGCGGGGCUAUGCCAUGAUCCUAUGGUUUCUCUACAUCUUUGUGCUGGAGAUUAAGCUGUACUUCAUAUUUCAGAAUUACAAAGCAGACAAGAAAAACUUGGAGACGGUAGCCAGAAAGGCCCUCACUUUACUUCUGUCCAUAUGUGUGCCAGGGCUCUACCUGGUGCUGGUGGCCUUGGACAGCAUGGAGUACAUACGAACCUUCAGGAAAAAGGAGGAUCUACGGGGACGACUGUUCUGGGUGGCCCUCGACCUGCUGGAUAUAUUAGACAUUCAGGCCAACCUGUGGGAACCACACAAGACUGGGCUGCCAAUCUGGGCAGAAGGGCUUAUGUUCUUCUAUUGCUACAUUCUGCUCCUGAUCCUGCCUUGUGUCUCUCUCAGUGAGAUUAGCAUGCAAGGGGAGCACAUAGCUCCACAGAAAAUGAUGCUCUACCCUGUCCUUAGCCUGGUCACCAUCAAUAUUGUCACUAUAUUCAUCCGGGCCAUUAACAUGGUCUUGUUCCAAGACAGCAGGGUCUCCACCAUCUUUAUUGGCAAGAACAUCAUUGCCAUAGCCACUAAGGCAUGCACUUUCUUAGAAUAUAAGAAACAGGUGAAAGAGUUCCCACAAAAUGCCAUUGCUCUGGAGCUCCAGCAGAACUCUAUCUCUCACAAUCAGACUAUCCACAGUACACAGGGCAUUCCUCAUGAGCCGUCACCCACCAGGGAGAUUCUGGAUACAUGACAAGUCACCCCUGGACAUCAGCAUUUGCUCAGAUUGCCCUGGGGGUGGAGGGAGGUGGGAUGUUGCUCUCUCGCUGCAUGGGGUGGGUGUGAAGGACAAGUCCCAGCAGGGAGAGCUCUUCCAGGCACAAAACACCUACCAUGUUUUAAUAAACAGUGGAGUGUCCCCUAGACCUCUUCAUCUCAGGUAUAACCCUAGGAGUCCUCCAGACAAACCAAAUGAACUUGCAAAGGACCUGAACCAGCUAUGUCCCCAGUUUUCCUUCUACUCACUUCUCCCUGCCCAGACAAGUUCCCUGAUGCUGAGAUUUCUCUCUCUCUCUCUCUCUCUUCCUUAAGAACUUCACUUUUGCUCCAAGUCUGGAAUGAAGAUUUUUCUUACCAGAGUCCUUUUUAUGGAGUGGGGAUAGGGGAGGGGUAUUUGAACCAGUAAAUCCUGUGAUCGUAGGUGUCUUUUAUUCAAAUUGUUGUGUUUACAGUUUCCUAUUUAUAACAUCUCUUGGGAGUUCCAGUCUGGGUUUUUGGGGGGUUUUGGUAGGGGGCAUGGUUUAUUUAAGUUAGUAAUCUCCUGGAAACAGCUCCUGUGACUCCUCUUUCUAGUAGCAACUAUACAAAGAGCAGCAUCCAACACUAUAAAUAAUCUCGACUUGUGCUAUUCUGCUAAGGCUGCCGGUUGGGAAGGAAGCAGGGGGGUAUCCAUCUCUGCCAGUGCACUAAACCAACUCUGCUAGGAGCAAUAUUUGACAAGCUAAUGUUAAUCUAAUGCUGGUGUUUUAUGUAUCUCGUUCACUUCAAACAACUCAGCACAAUAUUUCUAUUUUUAGAAGGGUCUUUCUCUCUCUCCCCCUCUUUCUUUCUCUUUCUGGUGGUACAAACAUUUCUGACUAGAACGUAUGAUGCAGGGCAGUGCAGCUGCUCUGAUGAAACCAGCCAGCAUCAACACAAGGGGAAGCCAAUGCCGUGAAGAGCUAAUAAUAAUGAUGAUAACAAUGAUAACGAUGAUGCAUUUUGCUCCAGCAUCAGUGUUUAUAAAGAGGGCUGCUUUCCACAGCUACUAUAUUUUUUAAAAUAAAAUAUUUCCAAAAAAUUGCAGAAA